CGACCCUUAACCCGCCGCCAGAACUCGACUCGCCCGCCGCCGAUCUCCUCCACCCGCUCGCCGCGCCGCAACCCGGAGAGGAAGCUGCGCUCGGUCGAGCACCACCUGGGGCCCAGCGUCCUCGCGAGUCGCAACCAGCUCCGGCGCGGCGUCCGCCCUCUGCAGCCCCAGUGUUCCCGCGACCGUCGCUGCUGUCCUACUUUGCCACUCGCCCCUCGCCACCUUGGCCGGCGACGAGCACCACCAGGACACCAGGAAAGAUCCCUCUAUCAGUGAUCUGUGACUAUGGACUUGCUUUGCUUGGCCCUCGUUAUUCUGGUGCCUCAACCUGGACUCGUCGAUAAUGAAGAAGAUGACAUUCAACCUGAUUUCUCCGAUGAGGAAGAUUACCUGUUCAGUGAUGCUGAUUACGAAGAACUUAAAGCUGAAGAUGUGGCAGGAUUUAUUGAAAAACUUGGGCCUGUGGAACACGAAGAGAGACUAACCUUGAUGAAAGCUUCUUUCGGCAUCCCAUCUGAACCUCUACGCCACGGCAACCUUCAUCCCCUUCCCGAAUGCACUAGAGAACGGAGGCAUGUUGGGGAUCGAGUUUGGCACACAUACUACCACAUGAGUAAACUUGUUGAAACUGACUUGCCAGCAAUGCGCUAUACUCAAUGCAAUGAUCCAAGAGUUGGGCAACAAUGUUUUCAUGAGCCAACCCCUAUUCUACAUAUUUUCGAUGUGAAAUUACAAACAUGUCUGGCGGAUGUGACCAGUCCAAUUGAGGUGUAUGGGAUUGUUGCCAUCCGUGACGGUGAGGACUAUUGUCGUAAUUAUCUUUUUAAUCGAUCACGAGAAGAUCCACUUGAUAUUAGCCUUACUGAUGGCUAUCUCCGCUUGUUGAGCCCUAGAAGAGGCAUGUCUAUGAGAUUCAAUUGCCUAAUUGAAGUUGAUAUCAGAGUGAAAGCAACAGGGGAUGAUGGUACAGACGAUAAGACCCUUGCUGAUAGUUGCACGGAGAUUGUCGAGGAUCAAAUUUAUUUUGAUUCUCUCUACAGAUGCACUAUGAGCGGUCCAUAUGGUUCUGCAGUUUUUUAUUUCACUGUAUUUCAAUUGGGUUUUGAGGCAACCAUAGAGCUUGACUUCUUGGAAGUACCUGAAGGCGGGUUCAACAUACAAAUGUGUGGAUACACCAUUGUUCAGAAGAACUAUUAUGCUUUCAUUGGCAAAAAUUGUGAGUGCGACAGCUUCGUUAGCUCGACUGGGAGAUUCCAACAGUAUUUUGUAGCAGCUGUGCAAAACGAUGACUACUUUUUGGUGGACUUUGCGGAGGGAAAAUCGCCUCUUGUUUUUAAACCAAAUAUUCAUGGCAGCGAAGAAAAAGAGUACUCCUUCCACAAUGGUGCUCUAGUGUCUGUUAAGGUGUCUUGGUCCACAGCCUUCGACUAGUUUGUAAUGUGUAGUGGGGCAAGGCUUCUUAGGCCUUGUUUAUUUACCAAAAAUUUUCAAAAUUCUCUAUCACAUCGAAUCUUUGGACACA